ACCAAUCAGAUUUAUCGAAAUAAUUCAGUGCGUUGUGACAUCCGGGAAAUAAGCGCCUGUCCGUUUCGAAGAUCAACAAAACAGAUUAUGUCUAGCUACGGAAAAAAGACAGCUCUAGCAGGAGGAGGUAGAAAAAAGGGAGGUGCCAAACCAGAUUUGACAGAAGAACAGAAACAGGAAAUACGAGAAGCUUUUGAUCUUUUUGACACAGAUGGCUCAGGAACGAUAGAUGCCAAAGAAUUAAAGGUAGCUAUGAGAGCAUUGGGAUUUGAGCCUAAGAAAGAAGAAAUAAAGAAAAUGAUUCAAGAGAUAGAUAAAGAUGGAUCAGGUACAAUUGAUUUCAAUGAUUUCCUCACCAUCAUGACACAGAAAAUGAGUGAAAAAGAUGUGAAAGAAGAAAUUCUGAAAGCUUUCAGGUUAUUUGAUGAUGAUGAGACAGGAAAAAUCUCAUUCAGAAACUUAAAAAGAGUUGCAAAAGAAUUAGGGGAAAAUCUCACAGAUGAAGAAUUACAGGAGAUGAUAGAUGAAGCCGACAGAGAUGGGGAUGGUGAAAUCAAUCAAGAAGAAUUCCUCAAAAUUAUGAAAAAGACAAGUUUAUAUUAGAGACAUUAGUGAAUUUUGUUAGAUCUGAUUUAUCUCCCUUUCAAAUCAUAUUUUGAAUAUUGUGAAGCAUUUACCACUAUUUCAAUGGGACCAAAGUAUAUCUGAUAUGAUUGUUGUUGUUUGAGUGAGUAAAAGGUGCUGAUGAAGCAA